GUACGUCAUGUGCGUGCGCGUACCUCUCCGCGGAAACGUCGCGCGGGUGGCGCACGGGGCGGGGUCGCUCCCUUGUUCGCCAUACUUGCACAGAGGCGCAGAGCACCGCACGCACUUACCGCAAAGCCGCCUGAAAUCACUGCUACCUAUAAUUUAGAGACAUGGCUGAGGAUGAGGUGACUCCGGAGCAGCUAGCAGCCAUCGCCGCAGAGAAUGAGGAGGCAGAGUCGGUAAACUACAAACCUCCAGCCCAGAAGUCGGUAAAGGAGAUCCAGGAGCUGGAUAAGGACGACGAGAGUCUACGCAAAUAUAAGGAAGCGCUGCUUGGCCCUGGGGUCACUGAAGCUGAUCCCAAUACUCCUAAUGUUCAGGUGACCCAGAUGUCUCUAAUCUGUGAAAGCGCCCCAAACCCUUUGGUGCUGGACCUGCAAGGAGACCUGGAGGCCUUUAAGAAACAGUGCUUUGUCCUGAAAGAGGGUGUUGAAUACAAAAUAAAGAUCAGCUUUAAGGUGAACAAGGAGAUCGUGUCGGGGCUGAAGUAUGUGCAGCAUACGUACAGGAAAGGGAUGAAGAUCGAUAAGUCAGACUACAUGGUGGGCAGCUAUGGACCCCGUCCCAGCGAAUACGAGUUCCUGACCACGAUGGAGGAGGCUCCUAAAGGCGUGCUGGCCCGUGGCAACUACGUUAUCAAGUCCAAGUUUACCGACGACGACAAGCACGACCACCUGUCCUGGGAGUGGAACCUGAACAUCAAGAAAGACUGGAAGGACUAAGCAGCCUCUGUGGUUGUUCCUGUGUGGUGGUGGGGGGGGGGGUCCUCGGUCGCUCCCCGUGUCUACGCCAUCUCUGCCUUCUUUGUUUUUACUGUCUUGCAUUUCAUGCUCUCAUGCCCUGGUUCCAUCCUCGUCGUGUUUAAACUCCUUGUUGGUCCUCCCACUUCUGUAGCAGCAGCAGCAGUAGCAGCAACCCCAAACACCCCAUCUGCCUUGUGUCCAACCGUCCAUCACCUCACCACCUGCCCGACGUUUCAUGUGUCCACUAGCCCUCACGGAGCACCUUACUCCCAUAUCCUCUCAGCCCUCUUUCCUUUUCUUUGCUUGAAGAGAUUAAGCCCACCUCUCACUGUCCAGAAUGGUGUCUUCCUCUCCCAGUAUGAAGUACAUGUGGAAAAGCAACUGUACAAUCAACUUUUGUUUGCCUUUUUUAUAUAAUUGUAUCAAAGUUGGUGUAAUGUGACUGUAUCCACAUCGCUGUUAUUCAGACCCCACCACAUCCACCUGCUCCCUCACACUACGUUCCACAUUUCUUUGCUUGCAGUUUUUUGUAACUUACCAAUACCUGCCUUGUAAAAAUGAUUUAUUGCUGCUCUACAGCACCUCCCUUCUUAAUGUAUUCACCCCCUCCUGACAAAGACUUGGGCCAAAGUGAACACGGGAUAAAAGUAAAAAGAAAAGCUGCCUUAUGUACCAACUAAUGCCAACGCGUUUGAUCAAGCCUUCUGUGUACGAGCAGCGCUGGUUGUUAUGUAGCCUGUAUAUCAAGGGCUUACUCUCGCUACCAACUAAGCUGUAGCCCUGUUGUGGUGGAGGCUGUUUAUACAGGUACUCAACACCAUGAAGUUGCUCUAAUUGCAGGGGUGUGAAUGUUAAUUGGACAGAACAGAAACCAACCCAGUCAGAACCAUUAUUGGCACGAUUGUUGCUUCUAGCCAUGAGGCCUUAGCACUACCUAUGUGAAGAGAACAGUAAUAAACACUACUGAUGUAAUUUUUCUUUAGUUGUUUCCCCCUUUGCCUUAAUGUUCAUCGUCUGCCAACAAACCCUGCUUCCCCCUCUACGCUCCUUCAGCUCGCUUUUUGUAUCCCAGCCUGUAGCCGAGGCUGAGCCUGGCACCGCAUGCUGCUGCUGGAGACCCUGGCAGUGACUGCGCUGAGGAGAACCUCACCAGGCCCCUUUGUUUGACCAAGUGAGUCAUCUAGAACAGGAAAGGCCAAGUGACACUAGUAGAGAAAGACCUGCUCAGUAUUUAACCAGGCAAGAGGGUUUCAAAUAAACAACUGACGAGUAACAUUAAAUUGAAAUCAAUCUGUACUGUACCAGAACUUAUGGAUGUAAAACGUUUUUUGUUAUUAAGUGUAUUCCUGCUCCAUACAUUCCUUCACAUUGUACAGUUUCUAUGAAAACGCUGUCAUGCUGGUGGGGUUGUAUAUUCUAUCAUUUGUUAUUGCUCUUCUCUGUCAAUAAAGAUUUUGCUCAAACAGG